AUGUUUAUAACAAAUUUACUACUAAGUGUUUUUAUUGUGGCUUUAAGUUAUAUCCUGUGGUUACGCAGAAAAUUUUAUAAAUUAAUGUUCGAACUGCCAGGUCGUUGUGGAUAUCCCCUUUUGGGCAAUGCUUUGAAAAUUAAGCAAAAAGAUGAAAUGCUAAAUACCCUAAAGAACAAGGAGUUAGAAUAUGGUGGCCUUUUUUUAUCCUGGAUUGGCCCAUUUCCCAUAGCUGUUGUGAGCGAGCCACAAAUAGCGCAAGAAAUAUUAACUUCAUCAAAUUGUGUGAAUAAAAGCUUUAUCUAUAAAGGGGUACAAGAUGCAACAGGACCAGGCUUGUUUACAAAAGAUGAUCCCGAAUGGAGUUAUCAUAGAAAACUUCUAAAUCCGGCUUUUGGGCAUAAGGUACUAUUGAAUUUUAUACCGAUUUUCAAUAAAGAAGUGGAUCACUUAACAACCGUUUUUAACGCACUAAUUAAUGUUGAUAAAGUGAAUUUAGUUCCAAUACUUCAAAACUUCACGUUGAGUAUCGCUACACGAACUUCUAAAGCGUAUCAAUACAAUGUUUGUAUACUGUUAUACUGCGGUAAUCAAACUGUUUGUGUAUGCAGAGUUGCGAAAGAUUGCAACAUAUAA